AUGGCCCCUCACCCCCUUGCAAUCCUCUCUGAGGAGGAAAUCAACCUCGCUCGCGACAUUGUUGUCGCUCAGCACCCCCACACUGUCAUUGAUUUCCGCGAGAUCUAUCUUCAAGAGCCUCCCAAAGACCAGCUCCUUGAGUUUCUUGCCAUUGAGCACGCCGGCCGCCUCAGCCCGACAACGCCCCGACCUCUCCGGUUGGCCCUAUGUCAGUACGAUGUUAUCGGCUCUGACCGAGUGCCGUCAUACGAGGAAACGGUAGUAGACGUGGUGGCGGGGAAGAGUGUCAAACACCAUGUUGUUGGAAAAGAGCAUCAUGCUGCCCUGACAGUGAGCGAAUUCGAUGUGCUUGUGGAACGCUGCUUCGCCUCGCCAAUGUUCCAACAAGCCCUCGCUGAGUUCGACCUGCCAGAAGGUUUCGAGGUUAUUAUCGAGCCCUGGCCAUAUGGUGGACUUGAUCUAGUUGAGCCUAACCGACGGUUCUUCCAAGGUCUAUGUUUUGCCCAAGAUGCAACGAAGAAGAACCCAGAUGUCAAUUUCUACUCAUACCCUCUCCCUCUCAUUCCCGUCCUGGACGCCCACACCCAAGAGAUUAUCAGAGUCGACCGCCCUGCCACAGGUGGCAAAGGAGAGGGACUACGGGAUCAGACUUUCAAACGCGACAUCAUUGGUCACUGUAAGGGAUCGGACUACGUUCCCGAGUUGCUUCCUGAGGGCACAAGGAAGGACCUGAAGCCUCUCAAUGUGGUCCAGCCUGAGGGCCCAUCAUUCCGCAUCACGAACGAGUCGCUUGUUGAGUGGCAGAAGUGGCGCUUCCGCGUUGCUUUUAACCCUCGCGAAGGUGCGACUAUCCACGACGUGUGGUAUGACGGCCGCAGUGUCAUGCACCGCCUGAGUAUCAGUGAGAUGACUGUUCCAUACGCCGACCCUCGUCCCCCCUUCCACCGUAAACAGGCGUUUGACUUCGGCGAUGGUGGUGGUGGGAACAUGGCAAACAAUCUUUCUAUCGGCUGUGACUGUCUUGGAGUCAUCAAGUACUUUGACGCUGUUAUAACCGGACCCGACGGCACUGCUCAGAAGCUUCCGAAUGCCAUUUGCCUGCACGAGCAGGAUGGUGGCAUCGGCUGGAAACACUCCAACUGGCGGACAGGCCGUGCUGUGGUGACUCGCAACCGUGAACUCGUUGUACAGUUCAUCAUCACCCUAGCAAACUACGAGUACGUCUUCGCCUACAAAUUCGACCAGUCAGCCGGCAUCACCGUGGAGUCCCGGGCGACCGGUAUUCUAAAUGUUGUCAACAUCGACGCCGGAAAGGUCAGCGAAUACGGAAAUGUGGUCAGCGGAGGUGUCCUGGCACAGAACCACCAGCACAUUUUCUGUGUGCGCAUCGACCCCGCCAUCGAUGGAGCGAAGAACUCAGUGCAGGUCGAAGAAUCGCGCCCUGUUCAGAUGAACGAGGCCACCAACCCUAACGGAAACUUCUACAAGGUCAACACCGAGACCCUGGAGAGAGCGUGCUACUUCGACGCUGCACCUGAGUUGAACCGCGUGGUUAGGAUGGUUAACCCGCACAAGAUCAACCCUAUCAGCAAGAAGCCCGUUGGAUACAAGUUUACCCCAUUGGCUACUCAACGACUUCUAGCGGAUCCGAAUUCCAUCCAAGCCCAGCGUGCGCAAUUCGCACAGCACCAUGUCUGGGUGACCAAGCACCGGGAUGGCGAGCUAUACGCUGGAGGACGCUACACGCUGCAGAGCCAGAAGGAAGUGGAAGGUGUAUCAGAUGCUGUUAAGCGAGGUGAUUCCGUCAGCGAUACUGAUGUUGUCGUCUGGAGUACUUUCGGCAUUACACACAACCCCCGCGUGGAGGACUGGCCUGUCAUGCCUGUAGAAACAUUCCAACUCAUGAUUAGACCGGCCGACUUCUUCACGGCCAACCCAUCCUUGGAUGUGCCCUCGGGAAAGAACGCGGCCUCGAGAGUAGUAGGCUCAUCGGAGUGCUGUCGGAAUGCGCACAUCUAG